GCCACAUCACAACAUGGCGGCCAGGAGUGAUGCGGCCUUUCCGGAACCUUCUUAAGGGAGCAGCCGGGCGCCAUCUCUGACAGCCUUAAGGGUGAGGGGAUGGAGAUGCUGGCACCAGGGCUGGCCUCUGUGAGGUACCUCACCUCCAUUUUGAAGGUGAUGAGGUGGCUUCAGGCCCCCGGGACAGUGCUGCUCCUCAGGCUGGGGGCCUGGGUGGUGCUGGGGGCUCUUCUCCUCCCUGAGGUGGGCGGCCAUCACCCGCCACCCGCUUAUGCUGUCCAUGAGAUCAUCCGGCCGAGGAAACUGGUCCCGGCGGUCGGCAGGUCGAUGCAGGGAGAGGUGUCCUACAUCAUCAGGGUGGAGGGUGAAAACCGCAUCGUCCGCCUCACGCAGACGCGAGGACUGGUGGUGAACAACCUCCCACUCAUCACCUACGGCCCCCGCGGGAUGAGGGUAGUGGAGCAGCCCCACGUCCCCGAGGGCUGCCACCACCUGGGUUAUGUGGAGGGCAGCCCCAGCUCCAUGGCAGCGCUGAGCACCUGCGCGGGGCUGAGGGGACAGCUGAGGAUUGGGAACCUGAGCUAUGGCAUCGAGCCUGUGCCGGGCUCCCUGACCUUCCAGCACCUUCUCUAUAGACGGGAGAAGAGCUGGGACAAGUCCUCGAUGUGUGGCUUGACUGACAUAGUGAUGCGAAAGCAACCGAGCUGGAUGGGGGCAAAAAAGCCCUUAGGGAAGCAAGGCUUGGAUCAGAGGCUGCAGCGUACCAGAUACGUUGAGAUAUUUGUUGUGGUGGACCACCAGCUGUUUUCCUUCCAAGGGAGCAAUGAAACCUCUGUGAUGUUUCUGGUGAUAGAUACGAUCAAUUUAUCAGAAAUACAUUAUUAUCCUCUGAAGACCCGCAUCUGCUUGAUUGGGCUGGAGAUCUGGACGCGUGGCAACCUCAUCAGGUACAGCCCAGAUAUAGAAGAAGUUCUUAGCAAUUUUAAUGACUGGGGAAAUAGGUAUCUUUCCCAUAGGAUGAAAUACGACGUUGCACAUCUAUUCACCUACACAGACUUUGAACUCAUCGUUGGGCUGGCGUACGUAGGCAGCAUCUGCUACCCUGGCUACCAGUCAGGUCUUGUAUCCCACAUACGAGAAGAUUUUGUGACCUUUGCAACUAUUUUUACGCAUGAGCUGGGUCACAACCUGGGGAUGGAGCACGAUAGAAGGGAGUGUAAGUGUGGAAAUAACAAGUGCUACAUGACGGGAGGUUCGAUCGACGGUGCCUCGGCUUUCAGCAACUGCAGCAUUCAGAGCUAUUUAGACCUGCUCAGCAGAGGGGACGGCAACUGCUUAAACAACAUCCCCGAGCCCAACAGAUUGUUCUAUUUUAAGAGCUGUGGCAACAAAGUGAUAGAUGAGGGAGAGCAGUGUGACUGCGGGGGGUUGCAGCACUGCCGAAGCAAUCCCUGCUGCUUCCAUAACUGCAGGUUGAAGCCGGGGGCUGUCUGCUCUGUUGGGCAGUGCUGUCAGAAGUGCCACUUUCACCCUUCAGGGCACAAGUGCAGGUCAGAGGUAGAUGAGUGUGACUUGCCUGAGUAUUGCAACGGGACUUCCGAGUGGUGCCCAGAGGAUUUGCACAUGCAGGAUGGGACGCCCUGCAGUGACAAUGGUUACUGCUACCGUGGGAAAUGCGUGUCCCAUGACAAACUAUGCCGAAAAGUCUUUGGGGAUGAAGCUCGGGGUGCUCCAGAAAGCUGCUUCAAAGAGCAGAACAUGAAAGGGGAUAGAUUUGGCAACUGUGGUGGCGAUGGGAAUGAAGUUGCUUUUGUGGAAUGUAAGCCCCAAAAUGCUCUGUGUGGAAGGCUGCAGUGUGUGAAUGUAAAGAAGACAGCCUUCCUGGAGAAGUCUGAAACCAUCAUUCAGACACCAGGACCUGAGGAUUGGUGCUGGGGCACAGCCCACCAUGCUAGCAUAGAUACACCUGAUAUCGGAGGAGGAACUGACGGCACCAAAUGUGGUCCAAAGAAGAUCUGUAUUAACAAGACAUGCACAGAUGCCACCGUCAGAACCAAGUGUGAUGCACAGGUUUCGUGCAAGGGGAAUGGGGUUUGCAACAACCUCGAGCACUGCCACUGCAAAGCUGGCUGGGCCCCCCCUGACUGCAAGUUCCAUGGCCUCGGGGGGAGCGUGGACAGUGGCCCCCCACCAGCUCUCAUGAUCUCCAUCGCAGAGGCUGUCCAAGAUAAAGCUUUUGGAACUGCAAUAGGAAUCACUGUUGUCGUUGCCCUCGUUCUAGUUGCUCUCCUCAUUGCUGCAAUCAAAUACAUAAGUGCAGUAAUUGCAAUUUUCAGUACAAGUUCAUCCACAGAGGCACCUGAGACUCCUGAAAAUGAGGAGCAGAAUAUGGAGGAAGAAGAAGACGACGAUGACGACGACGUUUAAAAAGCAUGAAAGCACUGCGAAACUCAUCAACUG